UCAUUACAAGUUUCUUAGGGACACUUGUUGGAAGGCGGUGGUCUUUAAAAAGGUUAACAAUGACUCAAAUCUUUGCAUAAAUUAUGUUUUUCCGUGCCGAUUUGACCCCAAUAUUUGACCCCGAACUGAACCAGGAAGCAAGUAGUCAAAAUUUGAGCUGUGACUCAAAACACGAUUCGUGCACUCCUGUAUUGUACGCAACCCGUAUACUGUGCAUGUGUGUACAAUAAAUGCAGCCGGAGUUCCGCCGAGUUUUAGGAAGUUAAAAACUAGUUAUCUCUCUCGGAAAUGCGAAGGAUUUCAUCGCCAUUUUGCGUGUUUUCAAACUGGAUAAAAUGAUAUAAUGUGACGAACUGUUGCUUUCGAUUGUAGAUCUGUGCAAGAAAAUGGAGGAUAGCUCCCAUAAUGGAAUUUUAAUCGUAAAGUUGCAGAAAUUAAAACACCGGAAUAUCAUGGACCCUGCUCAGACUUCUUCAUAAAGUUUAGUAUCCGGUAAACUACUGUGUGUCGUGCACAACAAACACACGUUCAACUGUAGCCAUAGAGACAACAGAACCUCAAGAUGGCUGUACCAGGCGCAGAUACCGUGUAUGAUCUGACCAUCUUGUACAUGUCAGACGUCACCAACUGGUGCGAGUACCUCUUCGAUAUCUUCAACCCCUUUGAGGUCUACCAGCAGUCGGAGGAGAUCACCACGUUCCCCACUCACGAAAGCACCAUCCACCACAUCAAGAGCUCCCGCGUUCAAGUCCUCAUCAUCUCCCCCAAGUUCAUCGAGACCGCGACCGCCCAGAUCAGGGAGAUCACCGGAAAGAACUCCGUGGUGGGACUCCUGUGCGGCGUGGAGAAGGAGGAGCUGGUCAAGCUCCAGGACAGGAUACCAGACUAUGUGAGCUGGCACCUCGUGGAUGCUAAGGAUGGACCGCGGUGCAUCACGGGCACGACAUUGGACAUUGUGGAUGAAAUGAUCAAACUUGCAGAUCAGCAAGCCCCUCCGGACAUGAACGUAACGGAUGAGGUUUAUUUAACAAUGACGGGGAAUACAUGUAGAGAGCAAGAACCGCAGAGCAAUUACAUGCAAAUGGGAAGAGGAUUACAUCAUGGUACCGGUCCUGCAGACAAGCAAGAUGAUCUGUACCAAUUAAUGAGUGAAGGAAAGGCAGUCCAGGAAGAGGAGUCACAUUACUUAGAAAUGAAUGUUCAAGAGGAGGAUCUUUAUUUGGAUCUGGAGUUACCUCCAGCUCCACCAGCGGAUGAUGAGCUCUACUUGGAUAUGGGUUCGCCCCCAGCACAACAGCAGAAAGACGAGGAAAUUUAUUUGGAAAUGGAUGAUUCCCAAUUGCACAAUGAUGAUACCUAUGACUGCCCAGUUUCAGAUUUUGGUUCACAGGACACGUAUGAUUUCACAGAUAUUGGUCGACAGGAUACGUACGAGUGCACAGAAAUCGGAACAUUACCUACGAGAGGUUCACAAGUUACUGUUGUACCAGAUAAAGUGAGAGCAGGGGUAUCUGAAAAAGUGGUAGUAAUAUUCACAUCCAGCAACAUGGUACAGAACUUUGAUGGGUCGUAUAAAAUCCACAUCGCGUUCGAUCAAAAGAAAGCUGAAGUGGUUGCUAGGGUUCUCAAUCCGCAUACACUGAGAUUUGAUUCACCUGCAGAUUUGCCUGGAGGCAUGUACAAAUGCACCCUGACCCACAACGGUAGCCGCAAGGCCACCUUCAAGUUGGGUAUCCUGAGUCCAUCGGCCAUCCUAUCGGAUAUUCUCAGCAAGAGCGUCAACCCACUCAAUUACCUCUGCGAGGUCCUGGACGUAUCGCCGGCCAACAGCAACCAACUCGACAACGAGCUCCACGAACAGUGCAAGAAAUACAUGCCUCAAGGAGGGUUUAGGGACCUUUUGCCGGUGAAACAGCCAAGCAGUGGCAUGCAGAGCACGCUGUUCCCCACGGCGCUGCACUUUGCCGCCAAGUUCGGGCUUCCCUGCGUAUGCGCCAUGCUCUGUGAGUGGCCAGGAGCUGACCAAGCGCUCAGGAUGAAGAACAUUGACGGGAAGACACCCGAUCAGAUGACGAUGGAUGAAGGAGUGAAGAGCUUUCUCCUUGGAAAUAAGGAACGAUCGGUUGCACAACAGCAAGGACAUGGUGAUAUCGGCUAUGUGACAAUGACUCAAAAAGAGCAGCAGCAGCGGAAAGCUAUGAUUGGUGGACCUCUUGGCCCCCCUGACCAAGAUAACCCCCAGAACAGACCUGCGUACGACUUUCCUUUCCCAGUGGCGAUCCCCGUCAGCAAAGAAGCUGACAUCCAUAGAUUAAUAAGUGGUGAUCCUGAUGAUAUUUAUAACUACUACGACAGCUGGGAGAGAUCUGAUACAGGCACUAUGGAGAGAGAUGGAGAUGAUGAUGACGACGAUGAUACACAGGAUUUACCUCCACCUCCGCCAAUACCACGGCCGAUAGCACGGCCGAUUCCACGAGAUACAUACUCUGGGCCUACUUCGGAUUAUGAGACACUGGACAGCGAAGCCCCCUCUGUACCACACCAUGACAUGCCCCCAUCCCUCCCCGUCAGUGCGCCCGAUGAACGACCCGAACCGCCAGCAGCAAGCAGAAAACCAGUCCCACCGAUCCAACCACAAAGCGACAACAAAGAUGGUCAAAGAGAUCCAGAUGCGAAACUCCAGAGCCUGAUCGACAUCCAGAAUCGUGUCAAGGAUAAUGAGAUCAGUAUGGACGAGGCUGUCAAUCUUUUCAGGGAGUGGGAAGAGAGCCACAAUCAUACACAGUCUAUGAGUGCAAGACGAGGUACAGAAAGGGAGAGUCAGAGCAGCCUACAGAAAUUAUUCAAAAGGAAACAAGGGCGUCCCUCUACUGAUGAUGAGAGUGAUGCCGGUCAGAGAGGUAGGCAAAGGGAGCCCCCACCUCCCCCCGUAUUUGUUUCGUCCGAGAAUAAAAUGGCAUCACAGCAGGGUGGGCGUCGUCUUCGAGCUCGAUCAGAACCGGUGGCAACGGGUUUCACGUCGCUAACAUCCAAACAUCACAAGGAAGCGGCCUUGCGGUCGGUGUCGGCCAAUUCUUAUGGAAUAGCACCCAGCACAGCUAGAGGGGGCAGAGGGGCUGAUAUAUCUGAGAGGCCAGAGAGGUCCCCAACAAGUCUAGGUUCUUCCAGACUAAAUGCAAUGAACGGCUCCUCAGAGAAUUCAAAUGGGCCUUCCAGUGAUACGAAUAGGAAUGAGAAUGGAUCCAAAGCAAGUCCAAUGGAACCACCCCCUCCCAGGUCUCCCAGACCACAUAAAGCAAGAGAUCCGGCAAAGCGUGUCUCGUACACCGGGCGAAACCAGGGCAACUUCAGCCAGGAUUACAUUGACCGCCCCAUCCCCCCGAUCCCGCCCCGGAACACCUCGGCAGCCCCCAGCAACUACUCUCGCCUGCCCGGAGCCCGCCCCGUCUUCGCCCCCGACCAGAAGGGUAGGACCCCCUUGCCUGGCAUGGUAACGGGCGUCGGUGGUGGAGUAGGAGCAGGUGUUGGGGGAGGAGGAGGAGGAGGAGCAAGGGGCGUAGAUCUGGUGGAGAGCGAUGCCAUACCGGAGCAUUCGGAGCACACGGCGCCCCCGACCCAUGAGGGAAUACCUGAGAGGAUGGCCCCCCUUCCACCGCGGAGGAGCAUCUCCCGUUCACAAUCACCCCUACGCCACAGCCUGCGACCAAUUUUGCUGGGACACAAGUUUGUAACCUCCAUGCGUGCCGGCCGAUCAUCCACAUUCUCCUCCUCCACUGACAGUAGCAACGACCCCGCCCGUAGCACCCUCGUCGAGCCCCUCCGCCGACAAAGCGAGCCUUCGGUCCCCUCCGGCAACGACGGAGGGGGUGAACCCACCUCCCCAUCCAGCGAGCGAGACGCCUCCGGAAAACCCAAGAGACCCGUGCCCAGACCUCGGGCCCCUCGACCAAGAUAGUCAAGAAACCCUGCCUGCUCUUUCCAUCAUCUCCCUUUCAAUGUCGUGCCACUUGAUGAAUGGUUACUGGAGUUUGCUGCACCUAAUGCAAUAUGACAUAAGUCUUCCAAUCUCCCAGAGUUAUCUUUUUAUAUUUUCCCAAAUAUGCUACAGUAUAUACAUAUACAUGUAUCUUGUUGAAUAUAUAUCUUACUAAAAACUGAUCAUUACUGGAGCUUUGCUGUCCCAUAUGCCCAGUAUAUUGUCUUCCAAUCCUAAUAUGCUAUUUUUAUACUUGGCCAAUAUAAUACAUGUUUGUAUAUUGUAAACUUAUAGAUACUGGAAUCUUCUUAUGCCAAAUGCCAUGUGAUACAACCAGUGUAAAGUCUUCCAAUCGCACAGAGUAAUAGUCCAUUUGAAAAUAUUUUGCAAAAUACAUGUACGGUCAAGCCUGUCUAUUAAGGUCACCCAAGGGAAACAGGAAGACUGGCCACUGUAGACA